UCUGCGCAGUUUACGCAACGUUGAUAGCGGCAACACGCACCAAGUGACUUUCGGGCAGACAGAACUGCGCGGUAAAGAAGGUACACAAACAAAAAACAUGUGGCUGGGGCUAGGAAAACUGGAGAGGAGACAGCCGUACAUCUGAGUUGUGACUGGCAGAAGGCGUCAUGGGUUUGCACACGGCACAGAAGAAAUACUUCCCCUUGAGGGGGAUCGAUGGAGUGGUUCGGCUGUUCACCGCCGAGCUCCGCAAGUCUGAGCCUGACUUGGCUCUUCUCUCGCUGGUUUUGGGUUUUGUUGAGCAUUUUCUAGCUGUGAACAGAGUCAUUCCAAUAAACGUUCCGGGGGUCCGGUUUGAACCCCUGGAACCAGACUGUCCCAGCUCCUGCUUCCCCACAGUGGAGCUGGGCAUGAUAUCUGCACUGUAUGAGCGCUUCACGGCCCAGAUCCGUGGGGCAGUGGACCUGUCCCAGUACCGGAGGACAUCUGCGGGGUCCAGCAGAGAGCUGGUGAAGAAAGUGUCUGACGUCAUCUGGAACAGCCUCAGUCGUUCCUACUUUAAGGACCGGGCGCACAUCCAGUCCCUCUUCAGCCUCAUCACAGGGACCAAACUGGACAGCUCUGGAGUGGCUUUUGCUGUGGUGGCGGCCUGCCAGGUGUUGGGUCUGAAGGAUGUUCACCUGGCGCUGUCAGAGGACCACGCUUGGGUCAUCUUUGGCAAAAAUGGCGAGGAGACUGCAGAGGUGACCUGGCAUGGGAAGGGUAAUGAAGACCGGAGGGGACAAACCGUCUCUGUUGGAGUCAGCGAGAAGAGCUGGCUCUAUCUGAAGGGCUCAUACAUGAAGUGUGACAGAAACAUGGAGGUAGCCUUCAUGGUUUGUGCCAUCAACCCUUCACUGGACCUCCACACGGACAGCUCUGAGCUCCUGCAGCUGCAGCAGAAGCUGCUCUGGUUGCUGUACGAGCGAGGCGACCUGGACAGGUAUCCCAUGGCCAUGGGGACGCUGUCAGACCUGGAGGAUCAGGAUCCCAUCCCGGGGAAGGAGACCCCGCUGCAGAUCCACAUGAAGGCCGUGACCUCUGCUCAGAAGUACUACAACAACGAGCACAUCUAUCCCUACAUGUACCUGGCGGGGUUCCACUACAGGCACAGGAACGUGCAGGAGGCCCUGAAGGCCUGGGCCGACGCCGCUCAGGUCAUGCAGGAGUAUAACUACUUCCGUGAGGAUGAGGAGAUCUACAAGGAGUUUUUUGACGUUGCCAAUGACGUCAUCCCCACUCUGCUGAAGGAGACGGCUGCUGCCGACAGCCCUGGGGAGGAAGGAGAGGGCGGAGAGGGAGCCGACAUGGAGCCCACCAGGCAGGGAGCAGCUCUGUCAGCGCUGCACGACCCAGAAUGCUUUGCACACCUGCUACGGUUUUACGACGGCAUCUGUAAGUGGGAGGAGGGAAGUCCCACUCCAGUCCUUCAUGUGGGCUGGGCCACCUACCUGGUCCAGUCUCUCAGCCGCUUCGAUGCUCAGGUACGUCAGAAGGUGUCCAUCAUCACCAAAGAGCCCGAGUGCCAGGAUGAUGAUGACCAGUCCAGCGAGGACCCCCGGGAGGGCCGCAGACGUGGUCCGAGGAGAGAGUCCAGGCUGGAAGAUCAGAGCUCUUCUCCUGCUGCCCCCACCUCGCCGUCCACUCUGCCUCCUGCUGCAGCCCAGCCCAAGAAAGUGGGAGACGGAGUGGUCCGGCGCCGCUCUUCCCAGAACCUGAGGGCUCCAGAAACCGAAGGGCCAGCCAAGUCCCCUAGCCAAGACUCUGUCUCGUCCCCCUCGUCCCAGCAGCAAGCCUCGCCCUGUCCGGCCGGCCCUGUGGUCAUCUUUCAGAGCGAGAAGAUGAAAGGAAUGAAGGAGCUGCUGUGUGCAGCCAAGGUGAACUCCAGCGCUAUCAAGCUGCAGCUUACAGCACAGUCCCAGGUCCAGAUGAAGAGGCAGAAGAGCACACCAGCAGGGGACUACUCCAUGUCCUUCAUGAAGCGCCAGCGCAAGUCCCUGUAGACCUGCCGACUGUCCUAGAGGAGACUGGAGGACAUACUGUGAAAACCAGCAAGACUUGGUUCUGGUGUUCUGACCAUCUCAGCCCACAUCCUCGUGGUCCUGAGCAACAUGAUGGACAGACAACGGGAAGUAGAGCAUCACAUAUCGGAUCCGGCGUGGGCGUCUUUGUCUUUUAAUUUAAAAUGUUCCUAGAGAUUUCCUGUUUGGUAGAUUUGACGUUUGGUUGUUUAGUUUGACCUGAUGACCUGUUGCUCGCUGAUGUGACGUCUCAUUGACUCGUGUAGAAGCCAAAGUAUGGAAGAAGGUGGCGAUGACUGAAUCCUUGGACGUGAUUGAUUUAGGAUAGUUACUGUGUAACAUUGUCCACUCUGAUCUAUUGACAGCUUCUUUCUUGCUAGCUCUUUGUUGCCUUAUUUUGUUUGUGUUGUUUUCCAAGUAGGUGGCCUUUAGUUUUGAGAAUGCCCAGGUUAGGACUAGCUCUGAUCACUGGAGGAGACCGGGAAGACCAUGCACUGUUGAGACAGAGCAUGCUAGGUUGCUCGUCGUAUUUUUUUUUAAUCCGCAACAGGGAACUGAUAAAGAACUGAUAAAAGCCAA